AACAAGAUUUCAUGCACUUAAAACAAGACAGUCGCCAGAGGAGUGGGCGUGGCUAGGAGGAAAGACUGAUGUGUGAUUGGUCAGCGGGUUUCCUUGUUAACCAAGCCACCUUCCCUGGUGACCAGCUCCGGCCUGAGGGAGAGGCGCGUGGGGCCGUGAGGAGCUGCGCUACGUGAUUGGUCAACCGGUUUCCCUAUCUACCAAUCCUGUGUAAGUGGUUGAUACAGCGCUCUGUGAUUGGGUCGUGCGUUUCCGUGGUUACCAUCGGCACGGGAAUAUGAGAAAUAGUGCUGUGUGAUUGGUUCGCGCGUUGCCACGGUUUCCAGCUGCCGCCUUAGCGAGAAGCGCGCGAGCCUGUGAGGAACUGCGCUCUGUGAUUGGCCACCUGUUCACCAAUGCACCCGAAGGGUAAGAUACAGCGCUGUGUGAUUGGUUCGUGGGUUGCCAAGGUUACCAGUUCCCGCCUGAGGUGAAACGUGUGUGGUGAUUGGUCAGCGUCCCUCCCUCGCUAUUUUCCAAUCCACGCUGAGAGAGAGGUGAUGCGCUCUGUGAUUGGUCAGCGGGUUUCCGUGGUUACCGGCUCCAGCUGUCAACAACAGGCGGUUUGUGAGCAUGAACUUGGCUGCUAGUGCGGAGCGGCGUUCCGGAUAAACUCAUGUCAUGGACUGGGCGUGUGACCGGCCCAGAGAGGAGGCCAGGAAGGGUGAUACAGCAAAACUGCAAUCUGCAAAAGAGCAACUGGAUGAAUAUUUAAUCAGCCUGCAACACAGGAACAGGACUCUGCGGAAGCUACAGGUGAAGGACCCGAGGCAGGUGGAGUUAGAACAGCUGGAACAAGGCUUCUGCAUCUACAUCAACGGCGCUAAUUCUAACCUGGCUAACGCUAAGGGCAGUCGGAGAGCCAGUCAUAGACACACACACACUGCAGACGCUCCCAGAAGGAGUACAGAGGAUACUUGUGGAGUGACUCAUCACAUCCCAAGGAGUCACACAGCACCUGAGAGAGCGCAGCGUAGAGAAUGGGUCCAGAAAUCAAUACACAUCCGCACGGAGAGUGGGGGUCGUGUGAAAAUAUCUCCGGAAGAUCGAUACUCGGAUGACUUUGAGCCGUACGAGAGCGUAGAUAUGGAGGCGGGAAGAGAAGUGUGUAAGGUGCUGGGUGUAAAGUCUCACUCAGAAUCUGAACCUGCUGAAAGGCUCCUGCUCAACCUCGACCAGGUCAAAGCGUUGCGGCGCAGCCUGGAGGCCAGCGUGAAGCGGAGCAGCCAUGACUCAGCAGGCGAGGAGUCAGAGGACGAGUGGGUGGAAGAACAGAUUGAGAGGGAUGACAGUAAUGACAGCAUCAGUGACAUCACCCUUCCCCCUUCCCCCAAACCUAGCCAACCUAUCAGGAGUCAGCCCAGCUCCAGUGACCUCAUUGUGCUGGACUUUGGCCCCUCCCCUAUAGGCCGUAAGAUGGAGCGCUGUCUGUCAGCUAAGCGGAAGGAGAACGUGGAAUCCUAUAUCCCCAGCGAGAAGUCAAACAGAACCCGACAGGACACACCACGUCCUGGUAGUCGUGUAGCGCGGCCCCUGUCUGCACUGCGUAAAAUGCAGGAGGAGCGAGACUCGGAGGAGACGGUGCUCAGAGUGUUCCAGGCGCUUCAGAAAGAGAACUCUCACACACACUCACCUGAGCUCCAAGACCCCCGAGAUCCCGUUCUGCAGAGGAGUGUGCUCAGCUUCAGUCCGGUGAACUGCUCCCUCACAGAUCAGGCGGACAUCAACGAUAAUAUUCAGGAGGAUGAAGAGGAGGAGAAUCAGUUAAUGAGAGCCAUGCAGAGGAUCACACUAAUGGGGCCCAGUCAGCAGAAGAGGUUGUUGAAGGCUCUGGAGAAUAUUGAGACCGAUGCUCAGUCAACAGUUUCUCACGCACACAGCACCAGCAACAAUUCCCCACCAACUAGGAGGCGGGGCUCAGCAGAGGCUCUUUAUGUUACCAUGGAGAUUUUGUCGAACUGGGGUGGCGGGGGACGAGUGGGGUUGACGGAGGUCCAGUUCUACUGCAGGCGGAACCGCAAGCUUUACAUCUCCCCACACGACCUGGACAUCCGGAACACAGAUCAGCCCGGGAACCUCGCGGCGCUCGUCAACGGCAAGACUAAAACCACGAAAGAGCGGGACAUGUGGACGUGUUGGUUCCACGCACCAGUGCAGUUGUACUUUGUGGUGAGAAACGCAGAGUGCUCUCCAGACUUCAGCAUCGCACGCAUUAAAAUCUGGAAUUAUAACCGCAGUCUGAAAGAGCUGGGUGUAGGAGCGCGUGAUGUGCGUGUGUACGUGAACAGCACGCUGGUGUUUGAUGGUCAGUUAGAAAAAGGCUGCGGUAACCAGGUGUUUGAUUACAGCACAACCAUUGAACUGGAAGAACUCCACCUCCCAGAAUGCACCUCUCCCAGCCCACAUCGCUCUGAUGACGUGUCUCAGGAUCCCGAGCCUGGCUCCUUUAUCGUAAAGGAAGCGAGUGAGCGAUCACAGAAGGACGGCAAUUACACCCCUGCGAGUAGUAACAGCAGCGACAAUAUGCAGACGGACUCCUUAGAGCUCAGAGAUCCACCCCUGGUGAGGAACAAUGGGGAGGCGGUUACCACGGUUACCACGGUGACCACCCAGCCAGCUUCACGCGGGGCUCGAGAGCGCCCCCCGUGGCUGGAGCCUCAGAACAGAAGCAAUAGCAAACACCAACACACAGCGAAGCACAAACUCUCAGUCCUGGACGAUGUCUCCUGCAGUCCGGCCAGCGUCUGUGGCCACCAGGUGGCGCCGUUCACAAACACAACGGAGAGAAACUCUGAGACCAAACCAGAGCGUGAAUCGGAUCUCUUAGAUACUCUGCGCAAGGAGCAACCACAUACACGAGCCGCCAGCGGCCGCAGAGGAUCUGCACGCUCGCAAAUCAAACCACCGAGGCACGGUGCAGAGAGGUCAGAGGAGCUUGGCCCAGUUGCCGAUGGUAACCAUCGUCUGCGAUCCCGCUGGCUGAGCAAGGCAGACGACAACAAACCCAUAAUGACGACAAGAUCACCGGACUCACCGACAAAGUUUGAUCAGCCAGAGGGUGACAUUUUUGACGAGUUUCUCCAGCGCUGGUCCCGCCCCUCUGCUGUGACACCGGACCCUGUGACCUCUGACCCUGAGGAAGAGUUUGAGAUCCCAGUUCUUCCGCAAGGGCAGCACCUAGUGAUUCGUAUCCUGUCCACGUGGGGAGACCGUCGCUACGUGGGCCUGAAUGGUGUGGAGAUAUUUAGUGCCAGCGGACAGCCAGUCACACCAUGUCACAUCACUGCCGUUGUGAACGGACUACCUGAGGUUAAUGGCGACAUCUCCAAGGUGACAGAUGGCAUCCAGCGCACACAGGACGACUCCCACAUGUGGCUGGCCCCAUUUGUGGCAGGUAGGCGGUGCGAGAUCACCCUGGACCUCGGAGAGACGCAGCGCCUCGCCAUGAUCCGUGUGUGGAACUACAACAAAUCCCGCAUUCACUCAUUCAGAGGAGUGAGAGACGUGGAAAUGCUGCUGGACGGACGGAGGAUCUUCAGAGGAGAGAUUGCUAAAGCAUCUGGCACGCUGAUGGGAGGUCUUGAUCAGUUUGGUGAUACGAUCCUCUUCACCACGGACGAUGAGAUCCUGGAAGCCAUGUCGCGCUUUGAUGACACAUUUGUGUGUGCUGAUGAGGGGGCGGGGUCUGGAGCUGAGGUGGAGGGGCUUCAGCGUCCUCAGACUGCAGACGAAGAAGAAGAGGGAACACCACACACACAGGCCGGAUUCAGGGAGGACAACACAGCUGAGAACCGGGACACUGCAGUAGAGCCGUGUGCUGAACCAGAGAACCUGAGUUCUGGUCUCUACACAGGAAAGAGUGUGUGUCUGUCUCUGGUUUCGACGUGGGGUGACUCUCACUAUCUCGGCCUCACCGGGCUGGAGGUUGUUGGUAAGGGGGGUGACAUCAUCCCUGUUGACAUCUCCAUGGUAACAGCGACACCACGUGACCUCAACGACCUCCCGGAGUAUAACGAUGACCUUCGUACUCUGGACAAGCUGUUUGAUGGACAGAACAUCACCACUGAUGAUGAGCACAUGUGGCUGAUCCCCUUCACCCCCGGCUCUGACCACACCCUCUCCAUCCAGUUCGGCCAAUCACAGACCAUUGCCGGCCUCAGAAUCUGGAACUACAACAAAUCACCUGAGGACUCGUACAGAGGGGUGCAGGCGUUGUGUGUUUAUGUGGAUGAAGUGUGUGUCUCUCCACCGGGUGGUUUCCUGAUCAGGAAGGGACCGGGGAACUGCCACUUUGACUUCGCUCAGGAGAUUCUGUUCAUCGACUAUGUCCAGUCCUCCAGUGUGUGUAAAAACACUCCCACAUCACACACACGCAGGAGUGAAGAGAAAGCGAGUAUGGAGUAUGAGGCUCCGCUCAUGCCAUAUGGAUUUAUUUUUCAGCUGCAGCUUUUGACUACGUGGGGUGACCCGUACUACAUCGGCCUGAAUGGUCUGGAGCUUUACGACCACAACGACCAGAAGAUCCCACUCAGUGACAACAACAUUGCUGCGUUCCCAGACAGUGUGAACGUGCUGGAUGGUGUGUCUGGAGAUGUGCGAACACCAGACAAACUGAUAGAUGGCGUCAAUAACACACACGAUGGACGCCACAUGUGGCUCGCGCCAGUGCUGCCCGGCCUGGUGAAUCGUGUGUAUGUGAUCUUCGACCAGCCCGUGACUGUGUCUAUGAUAAAACUGUGGAAUUAUUCCAAAACACCACAGAGAGGAGUCAAAGAGUUUGGGCUCCUUGUGGAUGAUCUCCUGGUGUAUAAUGGGAUCCUGGAGUGUGUGUCGCACCUGUCCCGGGGAAUCCUGCCAACCCUCGACCCCAUCGUCCCCUACCACACUAUACUGUUCACGGACAACACACACAUCACACACCGCGAGAGGAACACUGUAAUCAGCAACCAUGUGGAGGACCAGGAUGUGAAGAUGACCAACGAUAACCAGAUUGUCCAACAGCACAACAAGAAAAAACCAACAGCAGACCCAGCACUGAGACCCAAAACCUGCAUGACGGACACGCCCAAACACAGGACACGCCCGUACUAACACACCCACACACACACACUCUUUCUCUCUGUGUGUAUGUGUGUGUGGAGAGGUCGGUUGUAGUGAACAACUGUUGUAGUCACACACACACACACACACACACACACACACACACUCAGACCUGUUUGAGUCACACACCUUGGUGCACUGUGUAUAAUAGAGUUGUGUAUAUUCUCCUGUGUGUGUGUGUGUGUGUGUGUGUGUGUUAUAGCUGUAGUAAUAUUCGAAUAAUCUGUAUUAUAGCUGUGUUUAAAUAAAGUCUCUACACUGAGCGCACUACAUUUACACCCUUCUACACUCUGGUCUAAAUAGGUUUGUUUUUCAGACACGCGGCAGGCUGUGUGUUACGCUGAGACUAACGUGCUCUUCAGCUCCACGCUGAUCCUCAGGGAUCUGGCUAAUUGUAAAUUUUAUUCAAAAUUAGAGGAAAAAACAAAGAGCACCUUGCACCUUAUUCUGAAGGUGCAGCUUCUACAGAACAUGGUGUAGUUUUUAUAUUAUUAUUAUUAUUAUAUUAUAUUAUUACAGGUUUCCUUUCGUGCACUUACUCUGGAUGGUUUUAUGUUUGCUGUAUCCUUAGUACAGGUUUUAGGUUGUGCUCAGAAGUACUAAAAAUGAUCCACUUGACGAGAUUUGCAGACAACCUGAUAAAAUACGAUGUUUUUAUUUUUCUUUCUUUAACAAAAUAAUAAUGCCUGUAAAUAAUCACACUAUCACAAAAAGCGGCUGCUGUGGCUUCGUUUCUUAAAUUUCACUCACCUUCAAAAGAAAUAAAAUAAAAGGGAACAAGUACGGAAGUACAGGAUGUAACUAAA